CGCAAGAUCAGUUUUUCGUAAAUUUUCUCGGAGUACGGAUUGUUUCCAGCUUUGUGAUCCGACGCGGAUUGUGUCCUACUUCUUGUAAUAAAAUUGCCUUCAAGAAACUACUGCGAAGCAUGGCUGGCAAAUACCGCAUCGUGAUGGUCCGCCACGGCGAAUCCGAAUGGAAUCAGAAGAAUCUUUUCUGCGGAUGGUUCGAUGCCAAUCUCAGCGAUAAGGGUAAGGAAGAAGCGCUGGCUGCCGGAAAGGCCGUCAAGGAGGCCGGAUUGAAGUUUGAUGUGGCCCAUACCUCUCUGUUGACCCGUGCCCAGGUCACCUUGAACUCGAUCCUGACCGAAUCUGGUCAGACUGGAAUUCCGAUUGAAAAAACCUGGCGUUUGAAUGAGCGUCACUAUGGUGGAUUGACCGGAUUGAACAAAUCCGAAACAGCUGCCAAGUACGGUGAAGAGCAGGUGCUAAUCUGGCGACGAAGCUUCGAUGUUCCGCCACCAAACAUGGAACCGGAUCACGCUUAUUAUAACGCCAUCGUGAAGGACGAACGGUACAAGGGCGACCCGAAGCCGGAGGAAUUCCCAAUGGCUGAAUCGCUAAAAUUGACCAUCGAGCGGACGCUGCCCUACUGGAACGAUGUCAUCAUCCCACAGAUCAAGGCCGGAAAGAACAUCAUCAUUGCCGCCCAUGGUAACAGCCUGCGCGGUAUUGUGAAGCAUCUGGACCAGAUGACCGACGAGGCCAUCAUGGGACUGAAUCUGCCCACCGGUAUUCCAUUCGUGUACGAAUUGGAUGAAAACAUGAAGCCCGUGGUUUCGAUGAAGUUCCUUGGUGACGAGGAAACCGUUCGCAAGGCCAUUGAAUCCGUUGCUAACCAGGGUAAGGCUAAGUAAAUCCGUUGGUGUUAAACUAGGUUAAUAAUGAAUAACUAAAUUAUUAAACGCGAAACUCAUUGAAUAAUGUAACAGUAUCCCGUAAUAAGACGCAACUCAUGAAAUCCGUACUGUUAAGCAAAUACAUAGACAAGUAAAAAGUAAUUCAAUUACCCAAAUAAAUGUCAACCUAGUCUAAA